CUCCAUAUGUGUUUGGCUGUAGAUGGAAAAUCGUGGCUAUUGAAGAAGAAGAAGAAGAAGAGAAAUGUCGACUAUAGAGAAGGUGUUGGUUCAGAUCUUCGAGAGGAAGGAUCGGAUAAUCGACCACGUGAAGCAGCAGAUCCUUCUCUUCGAUCACCACCUCGCCUCCAAGUGUCUGAUCGACGGCUUCGUUCCUCCGUCUUGGCUUCUCUCCACUUCUCCCACCGAGUUGAAUAAGGAAGAUCUUAUCUCAGGACUCCUACUUCCAGAUCCACAGCCUUCCAUUCCUUACUGUUCUCUGUACCAACAGCCAGUUGUUACAACUGAUAAUGUGCAGUUACCAAGUCUUUUACGCAACCGAGUUGAUGCUUGGAAUGAAGGCUUAGAUCAGUGUCUUUCUGGUAAAGCUGAUGAGCUGGAUCCUAGUGUUACAUCUCCUCCUCAAGACUGUAGAGAUGGGAUGAUCUCAGAUAUUGGUCCUGACCCUGGUUUAUCUCUGGCAAGAAUCCAGAGAUCUAAGUCUAGGCAACGGGCUCUAGAGCAUCGAAGUAGUGUGAAAGCAUGUAAAAACUUUGAGAGUUCUGAAAAGAUUGCUUGUUUAUGGUCUGAUUCUGCGGAUAAGUUGGAAUUGAUCAGAUCAUGUGAUAACGUUGUGAGAUGUGCAGAAGAGGAGGAAGAAAGAGGGCGAUGCUGGAGCAAAGAAACGAGUGAAAAUAUUUACUCUGGUAGAGUCACAAGAUCUAGAAGUUCUGUCCAACCUCCCAAGUCUGUGAGUGGACCUUCAGGUGCAGGCAACACUUCUUGUGUUGCAAAGCAGGAUGGUGUGGUACUUACAGAAUCCACCAGCAAUUCAGGACAACAGCCUCAUGUUGUUCAUGAGUUAUUGGAAUCAAAAUUUGUCAAACCUUUUCAUAAUACAGUAAGUUGUCCAGUGAAAAAUGAAGAAAAUGGUCAAUGCCAGAGCAAGGAAAGGGGUGAAGAUGUUUACUCUGGUAGAGUCACAAGGUCAAGAAGUUCUGGUCGACCUCCAAUGUCUGUGAAUGGUCCUCCAAGUGCAAAGCAGGAUUGUAUUGUGCUUACUGAAUCCAUUAACAGAUCAAGACUACAGUCUGAUGCUGCUGAUGAGUUAUUGCAAUUUGUCAAACCAGUUGGUAAUGUUGUAACUUGUGUAUUAGCAAAAGAAGAAAGUAGUCAAUGCCAGAGCAAGGAGAGGGCCAAAAAUAUUUACUCUGGUAGCAUCACAAGAUCUAGAAGUUCUGUCCAAUCUCCCAAGUCUGUAAAUGGGCUUUCAUGUGCAGGUAAAGCUUCUGAUGUUGCAAAGCAGGAUGGUGAUUUGGUUAUAAAAUCCACCUGCGAGUCAAAACAACAGCAUAAUGUUGUGGAUGAGUUGUUGGAAUCAGUAAAGCCUACUGUUAUCUCUGAUGAAAGUUAUGGUUAUAUGAAAGCAAGAGACCACCUAAGCAAGGAAAAGGAAAGCAAUGUUUAUCAAGGAAGAUUAACAAGAUCCAGAAGUUCUAGCCAACAGCAUAACUGUGUGAAUAAGCAUUUGAAGCUGGAUAGCUGUCCUGGUAGGAGCAUCGAUGAUGGCAUUUGUAGAUCAAUGCAGCUGGCCUGCCAUGCUAAUGAUCUUGAGGAUUUGAUUAAGCCUUUUGAUAUCAGCAUUGAAAGUUGUGGGAUAAAGGCCAAAACAAGUGAUUACAAAACAAAAGAGAAUGCUGUUGUAGAUCAACAUAAUCAAGGUAGUACCAGGUCGAGAGCUAAUUGUAGUGCAAAAUUGUUUAAACUUGUUGAUUCCUCUGAUACCCUGGAGCAUGAAGUUACACAGUGCAAAUCAACAGCUUCCAACAAGUCCCCAUAUGCAAAGUCAUCAGACAGGUCUGAAGGAGCUGAACUUAAGGAAGUUCCUGAUACCCAAGUAGAUUCCUUGCCUUGUGCCAGUGACAGUGAUCUUGCUGACUUGAACCAAUGUGUUGCAAUUGUUGCAGACACUGAUGUAGAUUCCGAUGAGUUAGUUGAGUCUCAUUUAGCUAGUUCUGCAUCUAACUUGGAUGGUGCUAACAAUCCUCCUCUUGAAAAGUCAUUGAAUAUUUAUGAAAGAAUUGAGUUGGAAGUAGCAGUAACAAGCCCACACUCUGCAUCUGCUAUGAUAGUGAUGCCUAAGCAACUUGAUUUUGAUAAUUUGGGAGAGUGCACUUUGAAUGAAGCUUCUAGUCCUGUAUUAGAGAGUGAAGAAGAGAUCAAAUCAUUGGAGGAAUGGCCUCUUGCACGGCUUCCUUCUGCAGAUAAGCUGGAUGAAGUAACUCCUGUUCUCUACCAAGAAAAAUACAACUCGUCCCCUGUAAAGCAGUUGUUGGAGGAGUGGGAAGCCUUUAGUGAAGAAGAGAAACAGUCCAAAACAGAUUUGAACAAGACAUCUGGACCAGGUAGAACUUCAAAUUUAAAUGUCGUGUUGUCAGUAAAAGAAACACCUGAGGCUUCUACAGAUGCUGUAACAAGUAUUCUGCCUGAAAGCAACAAAAUCUCUGCACAGAAAAUUUUCAUGGAACAUCAUUCAACUAGUUUAAAAGUUUCUUACGAAAAUUUGCUUGGAAACUCAACAAAAGAUGCUUCAGGAUCUAGAUUAAAUGCUGAUACUGGGACAAAUUAUCUCUUUGAGAAGGAUUAUAGGAAGCUUGAAGUAGUAAAAUCUGCAACAUCGGUCCCAGAAGAGCAUAAUUGUAAUACUAAUGUAUGUAGUGGUCCUGCAAUUUUGGCGGAUAUUGAUUUCACUGAAGUUUGUAGCCCUGCCCUGCUAAGAAAAGCAGAUGCAACUUCCAGUGAUGGAAUUGAGCAUGCUUUUACUGCACUAAUAGAAGAAACUAAGGGUCAUUCUGCGAAACAGAAAAUGGAGUUAAGUCCUCAAAAUCGAAAUGCAGACUCAAUGGGAAGAUUUAUUGCUGAUGACACUGAUUCAGAUCAAGAUCCCACACAUGCAAAAUCAAGUGAACACAAGUUUGCAAUUCAGUCCAUACAGCCAGGUAGACAUUCUGGCUCCCAUGUGGAGGGUUCGUCACCUCAUAAGCGGAGGAAGAUCGGAGGUCAACAAAGAAAUACCCUGUCUUUGUCAUUAAGCUUGAAGGAGGAAGAUAUUAUGGAAUUAAAUGCCAAUAAGUCUCUAGUUGAUGAAGAAGAUCAGAACACGGGCAAAUGUAGUUCAAAAGAGAGAAGCAGAAGGGCAGUAACUCCUUCCACUUUUAUGCAUAAAAAAUUUGCUGUGGCUUCUGUCUCAAGUUUGCUGCAAGAGACCCUUGAAAAUUCUGAAGAUCACUCAGCGGAGGGAACAGGAGCAGUAGGUCCAUCCAGCGUUAUGUUUGGUUCAACAAGGAAAUGCACUGCAGACGAGAAUCAAAUUUUAUUGAAUGUUGGGGAUAAAUCAGAAUUUGGAAAUAUUGAACAUUUGACUUGUUAUGAAAGGAGCGAGGAAGAAGGCAAAUCUCAACUCGGAGAAGAUGGUGAGGGUUCAACUUGUCCAAUUAGUUCUCCAUGUCAACCACCAGCAGACUUGAUCAGUGCUGAUCAGACCAAUCCAGAACUUGAGGGGUUCAUUAUGCAGACAGAUAGUGAACAAAUAUGCAUUGGUGGAGAUGGAAUUAGUUUUGACAAAUUGGACCUUCCAAAGACUACAAUAGAACGUGCUAGCCUUCUGGAACGGCUUUGUAAGUCUGCUUGCAUCCAUACCCCAUUAUCCCAGUUUCCAACUACUUAUAAAUUGCACCGAACAACCGAUCUUUACCAGUCUAUUCCAAAUGGGCUCCUAGAAUGCGUGGGCCCAAAGAGCACCCUUCCUACAAAUGAUGAUGGAAAAAGUCAACUUAAAAUUAGCACUAGUUGCUUUGGUGAGGACACGAACCGUGCUCUUUUUGGAGGAUACUUUUCUGAUCGCUUGCCCUUUUCUAGUUUUCAAGUUACUGGAGAUGUGAAGAAACCUCAUCUUUCUCCAGUUGGCAAGCUCUGGGAUAGGAUCGUUUCAAACUCUGGCAGUUCAGAGAAGCGAGGUAGCCUAAAUCCGGAGCUUCCCUGCAUCAAUGAAGAAAAUGAGAACACAGACGAGGUGGUUGAUGCAUUUCAGGAAGGCGGUGCUUCCAAAAUGGUGACUUGCUCUGUCCAAAGAAAACCACUUACUGAGAUUAGGGAAUGUCCAAAUGUUCCUGCAUCAGUUUCUGGAGCUGAAAUAUUUACCGUUAGAGCUAGUCUGGACUCCGUGAACACGGCCUACAACUUCACUGGGACUGAGAAUGAGGUCAAACAAAAGGCUGGAAAUCACAAUGCCAGCAAGAGGAGAGAAACAAAUAAGAUGAAAGAAAACCUGAGUAUACCACCAGGGGCAAAUGGUACCAAGAGGGCAAGUGAAUCACUUCGUAAUGGGUUCAGAAAACCAAAACUAUCUGGAAAAACCAGUCUGAGAAAAGGGGGGCCAAGUUUCUCACAAAAGGAGUCAAAGGUCAAUAAUAUAGUCUCAAAUGUCACUUCGUUCAUUCCAAUGGUUCUGCAAAAACAAGCUGCUGCUAUUAUCACUGGGAAGAGGGAUGUUAAAGUGAAGGCCCUGGAGGCUGCCGAAGCUGCAAAGAGACUUGCAGAAAAGAAAGAGAAUGAUCGUAAGAUGAAGAAGGAGGCCUUGAAACUUGAACGAGCGAGGUUGGAGCAAGAAAAUUUGAGGCAGUUGGAGAUUGAGAAGAAAAAGAAGGAAGAAGAACGAAAGAAAAAGGAGGCUGAUAUGGCUGCAAAGAAAAGACAGAGGGAAGAGGAGGAAAGGUUGGGGAAAGAAAGAAAAAGAAAGCGUAUAGAGGAAGCACGGAGGCAGCUGCGUCCUCCUGAAGAAAAAUUAUGUGCAAAGAAGGAUGAGAAGGAAAAGAACUGCCAAGCCCCGGAUGAGAGAGCACAAACAAUGAAGGUUCCUAAUGAUGGAGCAGUGAAGCAUGAGCAAAUGCAAAAAGAAAUAGCAGACAGAAAUGAAGGGAAAAUGUUAGAGACAGAAUUAAGGAUGGCUGUUGCUUCAAUUUCCGAUGCCGUAAAAGCAAGCAUGGCCAUUGAAGAUUGCAAUGCAAAGGUACUGAGCACCGUGGAUAGAGCAACAACAGAGAGUGAUAGCCUAAUUGCAGAUACAAGCCGGGAACAAUCAUAUGAUAUAUCUCCAUACAAAGGUUCUGACGACGAAGAUGAGGAAGAAGAAGAAGAUGAUGGACCUAAUAGCAAAUUUAUUCCUUCAUGGGCCAGUAAAAAUCGUUUGGCUUUGGUUGUAACUUCCCAGCAAAAUCUGGACCCAGAAGUAAUAUUCCCCCUGAAAAGCUUCUGCAGCAUAGCUGAAGUUCUCUUGCCAAGAAAGUUCCAGCAAAAUCGUGUGAGUUAAAUACUGGAUAGUAUCUGCAGCCAACUCAAUGAGAGCACCUGCAUGAACCCAAAGAGUCAAAAAGAGACUUCUUGGAAGAGCUAGAAGCAGGUGAUUCCAACAUUUUCUUUUGCUGAAGAUUAAAAAAA